CGUUCUCUGUCUGUCGUGCGUUCACAAUCAGAGAGGAGAGGAGAGAGAUCCGUUCCAGGCCAUCAACCUCCUCGCACGUCUGUUCACUCGUCUUUGCCGGCCUCGUCGUUCGUCUAUUUCAGGAAACGGGACGGCGACUUCGUUGCAGCGAGGAAGGAGAGUGACGAAGAUGCUGACUCCGGGAAUAAGGUACGACUGAUUUAUCCUAGUAUCCAUUCUUCUUAUUUAAAUCUCCAAGAAAGGACUCUUAGGUUUCGGAAUUUCGCUUGAUUAUUCCCCAAAAUCCAGUGACCUAGAUUUUGAAUUUGCUUAAUAAAGUUAUUAAUUUCAUAUGAGGACUUUCUAUUUGGGAUUUGAAAAGGUGUCCCUUUGCUGUUGGUUUAACUAACAAGGAUUGAAGUCUCCAAUUCUUGAUUUUAAGGGUUUUUUUAGACAAGGUUUCAAGCUUGAUUUAGGAAAAUACCCAAAUUCAGUAUCAAAGCGAGUAGUUUCUUAAGUUCUCGAAACAAUUGCAACCCUGGAUGGGAACACUAUAUACAAAUUUUAAAAAUAUUGGUUGAAUCUCUCUUUGAGUUCUAAAAAUAAUUUCACGGUGAUGAACUAAAUUUAAUUUAUCCAGUACAUUUGGUUCCAUAGCUCGGGGUGUAGUUUGAGAGACAUAUACUGAAAUCAUUUUAAGGGUAACCACAAUUUUUUUUCUUUAUAAACACGUACCUCUUUGAAGAUGGGUUUAAAGCCUUUACCUCUUUGUAAAGCUAUUUUACUGUCUAGGGAUAAAAAAUAUCAUUCUUUGUGGAGUAAUGUUUUAUAUAGUUUGUGCAUUUUUUUUAGUGAAGCUUUUGAUGGAAGCUGGAACAUAAAUGGUAACUAUUACUGAGCCUUAGAUUUGCAGUUUUGUUUAGGAACUUAAGUUUUAAACUUGAAAUAUGACAUUACUUAAUGGAUAUGCUUUCUUUGUGUCCAUUUUUUUGGAUUUGUGUCUUCUUGGUGUAUCGUGGGUAUAAUUUGUGUCUUCUUGAUGUACUACAUCUUAAUAAGAUUUGAAAAGCUAAGUUACAUCCGAGUGACGAAGCCCGAACAGGAGCCAUUAUUGACAUGAGGGCUAGGGUUUCGAAUCCUAGCCACCGACUUCGUAAUCUGACAGUGCUACAUCUUUAUCACUACUAUCUAUUAAACACUAAUUAAUUUUUAAGAAUAAAAACCUAAAUUUUCCUGUUUAUUUUACCUUCAUAGUAGUUAAACCCAAACUUAUUCCUUUGCAUUUAUUGGUAUUUAUUUAUUGAUUUUAUCUCAUGUUUUGAUAUCCAAAUUCUCUUUUCUACUAAUCUACGGAGUACAAUAUAAUGUUUUUGUUUAACUAGUAUAUCACUAGUGCUUUGCACGAGAAAUGUAAAUUUAAUAAACAUAUAAUACAUCCGAAAAGAUGCAUUUUCAAAUUUUUCCACAUCUUACAUAAAGCAAGAAUGAUGUAUUCUAACAAAUAAAGUAUUAACAAUGAAUUAUGCUUAAGAUAAUAUAUGUAAAUAGUAAGCUGUAAUCUAACUAUAUACAAUGGUAAGAUGAUAAAAUGAACAGUGUUCCCGCCCAAAACAUUGGGCCCGGUCACUAUUUAAUGGGCUGCCUUUAUUUAAAGUGGGCUAUGAAGCCUGUUAGUGCAGCUGUCCCUGUUAGCCUAUUAGUAGUGAACUAUAUGCGGAGUCGACGUGUUCUGUAAUCUUCUUCGCCAGCAUAUUGCGUAAGCUUCUCCUCAAAAAGGAGAAGGAGCGACUAGGGUUUUGGCACUUCCUCUGUCAUGGACAUCAGGGAUUCGAACAGAACAAGGUGCGAGACGACAACGCCAUCUAACCUUCUACCCUACGCUGGCUAGACUCUGGCGGCACGGAGGGGCUUUGCCCGCAAAUUGCAGAUUCAAUGCAUGAAUUUGUGCAAUAGAUAUAUCAAAAUAGCUGCUCCAAUGCUCCUUCCAUUAGAACUCGGAAGAGGUAUGCGAUGAAAGAGAUCAAGAAGUCAAGAGCUCAACUAUGUGACGAGCGGAGAUGCAUAUCUGAAGAGGGAAGUGCCGCUUGAAAUCAGAAUUGUACCAUUCAAAGAAUUGCAACCUAAGUCAUAAGAAACUACAUAGCCAUUGUGAAAUCAUCAUGAAUUUAGACAUUUUUCUUUUGUUACUAAACAAGAAACCAUUGAGCAAUAAUCUAUGCUACUGCUCUUUUCCCAGGCCUAUGCAUAUCGAGAAAGUUUCAGUCUUCAAUAAAUAAACCGGUGAAGAGAAGUGCUGCUGCUUCAAUCGAAGAUGGUGAAGCGAGUUCACCCGGCCUUGUGCCCUUGCUCUCAUCUUUCACCGGAGUUUGCACUUCCAUUUGUCUCUUUCGAUGUGAGGUUUGGCCGGAGGGGGAACGUCCAAGCGCAGAGGAAUUGGCCGAGGCUUGUUCGCAGUAUGCUUGCUCCUGAUGAUCUUUCUUCACUGAUUGCUGCAUCUGUCGUCAGCGUUACACCAUUGGAAGGAAAUUGCCAGUGAUGAACUGAGAUUGCUCCCAUCCUUAUUGGAGUGACUAGCUGGUGCAUUUGGGAUGAGGGUUCUGCAGUUGAGUGGGAUGGUUCUGUCAAGGGGGUAGAUACUGAGGGUACUGCAGUUGAGGAAGGAUGCUGUGUAAUAGGGUGGUUAAUUUGGGAGCUGCUUUUCUGGGGUUCUGGGUCUGAAAGGUAAAUGGGAGUGAGGGCCAGGUUUUCUGUUUCUAAGUGUAGGUCAUCACAGGAAAAAAGGUGGAGAGGAAUGGGUUGCUUUGGUGUUGGUUUAAAUGGUUGGUUUUCUUCCCAACUCAGGAGGCAUUUUGCAAGAAUAUCAUUAUGAAUAAGUAUAUCCCAGUCAGCUUCUUCCAAAAAAAUCUACUGAGUUUGGAGGGGAGGAAGUUCUCUGUGGUGUGGAGGUAGGGGGUGGUUGGGGGAUGGGG